AUGGAGAGACAGGUGGCAGCUAGGAAAGACUGGCAUAGGGGUCGAACGAGAGUGGGGGAGGAUGAUCGACCUACAAGCCAACAGGUAACGAACACGCCCGAUCAACAGACAACGAAUCAGAACACGGACUGGGCAAGAACAUGUAGUUGUGGGAAGGUGUGUAAGAAUAAGGUGGGACUGAAGAUUCAUCGCACAAAGAUGGGAUGCGCACCAAUCCUAAAUCUGUUGCAACGCACAAGGCAACUUGGUGAGACGGAGGAGGAGCUGGAUCAGGAUGAACACCACAGUGUCCAGAGCCUCCACGCAUCAGAAGAGGGUGAGGUAACCAUUGAUAACGCAGAGAGGACUGAAGAUCGAGCUGCGGUAGAAUCUACAGAGCGGCGGAAGAAAGUGAUGUGGCCCGCAAGUACAGAGAGAGCGAAGUGGAAGGCGUUUGAAGAGGAGCUGGAACUGGUGAUGGAGAACGUUCUGAAAGGCAAAGUAGAGAGCAAGCUGCAUGUCAUGUCUGAGCUGAUCUACACAUUUGGAAAAGAGCGAUUCGGAACAGCUAAAGAGAAAGUCGGACAACCCAAGCUUGGCGGGAAUAGAAGACUGCAGAAGAUUUCCAACCUAAGGGGAGAACUCAGACGCUUGAAAAGCAGAUACAGACAAGCAGAGAAUGAGGAGAAACAAGGUCUGGCAGAACUGAGAGAUGAUGUACGGAAGGAGAUCCAGUGUUUACGGAGAGCAGAGAAUCUGCGCCGGAAGAGACACGAGAGAAGGCGAAAGAGAGCUCAGUUUACUAGCAAUCCAUUUCAGUUUGUGAAGCGUUUGCUCGGAGAAAAGAAGACAGGCGAACUUCAAUGCACAAAAGAGGAGGCAAACAAGUACAUCAAAGAUAUGUACAGUGACAGCGACCGUCACAAGGAACUGGGCGAGUGCGACAAGUUGCUCACACCAGAUGAUCCUGAACAUGACUUUGAUUGUGCAGAACCUAGGUUGCAAGAAGUCAAGGACAUUGUAAGGAAGGCCAGAGCGUCUUCAGCACCAGGACCCAAUGGAGUACCGUACAGAGUAUACAAGAACUGCCCCAAAUCUUGCUACGGAGAGCUUUGCAGAGAAUGGCCGAAGGCAGAGGGAUGUUUUAUUCCUAAAGAAGAGGAUUCGUCAACCCUUGGUCAGUUCAGGACUAUCUCUUUGCUGAAAGUGGAAGGGAAGAUACUCCUCGCUGUCCUUUCGAAAAGAAUGACCUCUUAUUUGCUUCAGAACAAGUACAUAGAUACAGCUGUGCAGAAAGGAGGAGUACCCGGUGUAUCUGGGUGCAUCGAGCAUACCAGUGUCAUCACCCAAAUCAUCAAGGAAGCACGCGAGAACAAAGGAGACAUCGCAGUGAUCUGGCUUGACCUAGCAAAUGCAUAUGGUUCUGUUCCGCAUCAGAUGAUACAAAAGACUCUACAAUUGUAUCAUGUACCCGUUCGAUUUCGGCAGAUGUUGCGGCACUAUUUCGACGGCUUCAUCAUGAGAUUUUCAACAAGGGCAAUAACCACUGACUGGCAAAAACUGGAAGUAGGCAUCGUUACCGGGUGCACAAUUUCAGUGGUGCUGUUCGCAGCAGCCAUGAAUCUGAUAGUGAAGUCAGCGGAGAAGCCAUCCAGAGGACCCAAAAUGACUUCGGGGUGUAUCCAACCACCAACGAGGGCAUUUAUGGACGAUAUGACUAUUACAGCAAAGUCGUACGUCGAGGGAAGGUGGAUGCUGCAAGACAUUGGCGAACUUAUCGAGUGGGCCAGAAUGAAGUUCAAACCCCAGAAAUCAAGGAGCAUGGUUUUGAGGAAAGGAAAGAUUCAGGAGAGUGCAAGAUAUAGAAUCAAAGAUCAGCUCAUCCCUACUGUUAAGGAGCAACCAGUGAAGUGCCUCGGGAAGUGGUUUCGAGACUCACUCAAUGAUCAACAGAGUAUCAAAGACACGGUAGUUCAAAUGGAGAACUGGUUGAAAGAUGUGGACAAGUGUGGUCUGCCAGGAAAAUUCAAGGCCUGGAUUUACCAACAUGGCAUCCUACCACGCCUAUUGUGGCCGCUGCUGGUGUACAGUGUACCGUCAUCAACAGUGGAAGCAAUGGUGAGGACAAUAAAUUCAUUCCUCAGGAGGUGGAUGGGGGUGCCAAAGAGUUUCACCAGCCUCGACAGUAGAGAUGAGAAGGUUAGAGAAGCAGGAGUGCAGGUCAACACCGGGAGAAAGUGGAGGGCUGACAAGGCAGUUGAAGAGGCUGAGGCUCGUCUUCGGCACAGCGACAUUGUCGGUAAUGUCGCACACGGGCGACUAGGCUUCGGAUGCGUCACCCGUUCGCAAUGGAGCAAAGCCAGUGCAAAAGACCGACGCACCCAAGUGCAGGAAGAGAUUCGCCGAAUGGAGGAAGAAUCCAGGCUCACCAGAGCUGUUACCCUACAGAAACAGGGAAAAUGGCUGAACUGGGAGGGAGUACCCCAGAGAAAGCUUACAUGGAAUGCAAUCUGGACCAUGGAAAGCGACAGACUUAGUUUCUUGCUCAAGUCUGUCUACGACGUGCUGCCAAGUCCAACAAACCUAGUGACUUGGGGUCUUGCCGAAAAGCCAGAUUGCAAGCUCUGUGGAAGACCAGCGAAUCUGGAGCAUGUCCUGAGCUCAUGCAGGACAGCCCUGUCUGACGGUCGAUACAGAUGGCGUCACGACAGGGUUCUUGCUUCAAUCGCCGAUCAUCUAGAUCAAGCACGAAAAGCGCAGAAGACGACCAACAAAGGCCCCUCAUUCAUUUCCUUUGUCAGAGCCGGAGAAGAAGGGGCAAAGGCCAAACGCGCAUGUGGGAUUCUUGGAACGGCAACAGAUUGGAGAAUGGAAGCAGACUUGAAGAAACAGCUCAAGUUUCCACAUGAGAUCACCGUGACAAACCAGAGACCCGCCAUAGUACUGUGGUCAGCUGCAUCAAAACAGGUUGUGAUGGUGGAGCUCACAGUACCAUGGGAGGAGCGGAUUGAAGAGAGCUUCGAACGGAAGCGCGAAAAGUACCAGGCCCUCACAGAUACCUGCACAGAGAAAGGCUGGAAGGCAUGGUGUUUUCCAGUGGAGGUGGGCUGCAGAGGUUUCCCAGCGCAAUCACUGUGGCGCACUUUCAGCAGACUGGGGGUUACAGGACAGGUCCGGAAACGGGCCAUAUCGGUUGUUGCACGUGAAACGGAGUCUGCUUCCUUGUGGCUAUGGCGGAAGAGAGAGGAGAAGUGGAUAGGGGGACACAGGGCUGUCGACUAG